CUCAGCGUGCGGUCGUGAGCGAUUACUCCCCCCGAGCUUGUGUAGCGACCAAACCCACCAGCUGCGGAGAACAUGCCUCCAGCGUCCUCCCACCGCCCGGCCUGUCGCUUCUGAUCGCUGCUCCCUUGUCUCUUUGUUGUAUUGAAACUGAUUGCGUUAUAGUUUUUUGGUGUCACCCCUGAGCCUGUUGCAGCCCCUUCAGUCUCAGCUGUGUCCCCCACAGCCCCUAACACUAUGACCGGAGUGUUUGACAGCUUGGCAGCAGAUAUGCAUUCCAACCACAUGCCCUCCAGCAGUUACCACAGUCUGCAUAAGUCGCAGGAAUCCCCGACAUUGCCGGUGUCGACUGCCACGGACAGCAGCUACUACACCAACCAACAGCAGCAGCAUUGCGGGGCAGGCUCUCCUUAUGGGCAGCUCGGAUCCUAUCAGUUCCCUGGUGCUACUAUCAAUGGGAUUUCUUAUUCGACCAAGUCGUACGAUCUGUCAUACAGUGGCUCUUACAGCUCCUAUGGGCCCUAUGGAACAAGUCCUUCCCCUCCACACAACGACCCGGAGAAGGAAGAAUGCGAGCCUGAGGUCAGGAUGGUCAAUGGGAAGCCAAAGAAAGUGCGCAAACCCCGGACCAUCUAUUCCAGUUUCCAGAUGGCGGCCCUCCAGCGGCGAUUCCAGAAAACCCAAUACCUGGCACUACCAGAGAGAGCGGAACUGGCAGCCUCGCUAGGCCUGACCCAAACACAGGUAAAGAUCUGGUUCCAGAACCGUCGCUCUAAAUUCAAGAAGAUGUGGAAGAACGGGGAGAUGCCAUCGGAUCAGCUGCCUGUAGGGAGCGAAUCUUCCCCCUGUAGCUCCCCUCCUGCCUCAACUGCCACCUGGGACUUCGGGCAGCACCAGCGGUUGCAGGGAGCAGCUUCUGGGUCUGUCCUUCAGAACUCCAUUUCUGCCUCCAGCCCUUUUCUGGGCAACUAUUCCUGGUAUCAAACUUCCAAUCCUGCCCCCCACCUCCAGUCCAACUCGUUACUGCAACAGCACCAGCUCCACCAUCAUCCAGUCUCUGCAGGGACUAUCUACUAGAAUUAAUCUGCUCCCACCAACAGAAACUGCUACAUUGGAAAAAUUACCCCCAAAAUUAGGACUGGUGGUCUUUCCGUGGCGUUGGGGAAACCUUCGUAUCAGGAAUCCCACUGGUGAUCUGAUGAAUCCUUUGAUCGAGCGAAACCCAUGAUCCAUAUGGAAGAAUUUACUCCAAUACUUUCUGGCAGAAAAUUAAGGACGUUUUUCGUUUGAGAUCUAUUUAUUUGGGAAGUAAUGCGAUAGGUCAGCGCUGGAUAUUUAAUCACUGAUAUUAAAUAAUGAUGUUUUACGGCAAGAUUGCAAACAAAACAAAAAAACUAUUUACAUUUUUGGUGAAAUUUAAUGUUUUGGUGAAAUGGAAAUGUAAUAUUGCAUACAGUCCUUAAAAUAUAAUACACAGAAACAGUCUUAUAGAAAUUGGGCAAAUAAGGGAAAUUAAUUAUAUCGCUGAAAUAACACAACGAGAAAUAACUUAUACGAAUUCUACAAUAAAUCGGGCGACGGAAUUGCAUGGAGGUGAUCACAGAGAAAUCCAGCAUCAAUGGAAUCUACAGUUCAGUAAAGAACUAAAUUCAAUUUUAGUGAACAAGCCAAUCACUAGGCAGUUGAUAGAAUGAUAGAAGUAUACGGAUACUCGGAUAGUAGUGGAAAACUGGAGAGAAUUUUGGCUAAAAAUUACACCCACAUCUAAUUAUAACAAAAUUCUAAACCACUGCAGAAAAUCUGUAUUUGUUUUACUCUAAGCAAAGCGACCGUUUCAACGGUUAGAAUCCGUUUGAGGGGAGGAAAUAAUGUGCUGUGAUUCCAAAUAAAAUCAUUGGAUUUGACCGGUUUCACAGAUCCAGUAAAUAAUAUAUUUGUUUACCUUAGGAAUCCUCAAAUCGCCAGUGCAGUUUCAUUUUUGUUGCUGUUUUCAAGGAAUCGGUGCCUUUUCGAAUGACCUCAUUUUCGAUGUUGACAAAAGAUUUUUAUAUGUAGAUAUAAGAAAACACGUGUUUAAAUUAUCUUUUUUAAUAAAAAAAUAAAUAAUGCAGAAUCCGUUCUGUCUGUUUGUAAAUUAUGUCGUUUAUGUACAGUUUUGGGUCUGUUUGUAUUGCUGAAAAAAACGAUGACAUUUAAAAAAAAAAAUUGGACAUUUUUUCCAAUAUUCUGUGAAAAUUCCAUAUCUGAAUUCUUUAGUUUUACAUAAAAUUACUGUACCAACCGCUUUUUGUGAUUUUUUUUUCCAGGAAUCAAUUUCUUUUCAUGCACGAAUGCUGUUUGAUUAUUUAUUUAGGAUCUAUGCCCCCAUUUUGAUGUCAUAGUUGUUUCUUUUGGAUAUUUUUUUUUUUGUACAUUUUUGUUCUAAAAAAAAUAAAUAAAAAAAAGUCUAUUUAUAAUAAA